CCGUGUGCAUAGGCACUUUUAAUGAACCGAAGUUUGACCUGAAGUUCAACUGAUUACUAGGUAUUAAACAAGGUUUAUAUAGGGCGUGUAAACAUAAGGUGCGCCCGAGAUGCCAUGUCACAGUUUGUUAGGAAAACACAGCAAAAUGGCAGAAUCUUCUGAUGAUCAGAAUCUCUUUAACUGUCCGAUCUGUCUUCAUCUUCUGAACGACCCAGUAACUACAACUUGUGGGCACAGUUUCUGUAUGAACUGUCUUAAUGAAUUCUGGGAUCGGGACAAUCAGAAGGGCAAUUACAGCUGUCCCCAGUGCAGGCAGACGUUCAGCCCGAGACCAACUCUCAGCAGAAACACUGUGCUGGCUGAAGUCGUAGAAAGAAUGAAGAAAGAAGCACCAGAAGCAGGAACAGCCUCUCCUGUGCCGAGUUUUGCUGUGUCUGGAGACAUGGAGUGUGACAUCUGCACAGAGACCAAACUAAAAGCCAUCAAGUCCUGUCUGACAUGUUUGGCUUCUUAUUGUGAAUCUCACAUCCAAACUCAUUAUACAUCUCCUGCAUUAAAAUGGCAUAAACUGGUCAGUGCCUCACCACAUCUACUGGACCAGAUCUGCUCCCAACAUCGUAAGAUACUGGAGCUGUACUGUUGCAAAGAUCAGCAGCUGAUAUGUAUGCAGUGUGCCUUGAUCAACCACCAGAACCAUAGGAUAACUUCACCUGCAGCAGAAAGACAAAAAAUACAGGUACAGUUGAAAGAAAAUCAGGAUGGGCUACAAAAGGAAAUGCGUCAGCGAGAGUUGAAGGUACAGGAAUUAAGACAAGCUGUGGACUCUCAUAAGUGCUCUGCAAAGGCAGCAGUGGUGCACAGUGAGCAGAUGUUUACUGAGCUGAUCAGCUCCAUGAAGAAAAGACGAGCAGAGAUAACAAAGAUGAUCAGAGCUCAGGAGAAAGCAGAAGUAAGCAGGGUUGAGGAGGUUAUACUUGCACUGGAGCAGGAGAUCAGUGACCUGAGAAAGAGACACGACAAACUGGGGCAGCUUGCCCUGGUAGAGGAUGACAUCUAUGUCAUUCAGAAAUUCUCCUCUUUUCCCCACUACCAGUGUUCAGACUUGUGCAACACAUCUGUCAGCCAACAACUGACAUUUGAGGAAAUAGAAAAAGUGGUCAGUGAGCUCAAAAGCCAACUGGAUGAUCUCUGUGAACAAGAUGUUGUGAGGAUAUUAGAGAAAGUUCCCACUGUCCAUGUAAUGGUGAACUCUGUGAACAAUAAGAUGCUCAAAAAGUAUUUGCCAUCUCAACCCAAGACCAGAGAAGAGUUCCUUAUGUAUUCCAUUGAUCUGAAUCUGAAUGCUUCUGGCUACUCUGCGCUCUCUGUGAAAAACAGCAAAUCUGUGGUAAUGUGUAAUAACAGUUACUUGACUAAUGAGCACAAUUUUCAGGUUUUGUGUAAAGAGAAGCUAUCUGGACGCUGUUAUUUUGAAGUUCAGUGGGAAGGAGCAGGCUGCUGUAUUGCAUUCUCUUAUGACAGUAUAACAAGUUCUGUCUUUGGAUCUAACAAAAUAUCUUGGAAAUGUGGCUUUCCAAAAUCGAAUAUUAGUAUGUGGCACAAUUGGCGCCAGACUGACAUUUCCUUGGUCUCUAAAAUUGGAGUGUUUCUUGAUCAAGAGGCGGGAACGGUGUCCUUUUACAGUGUCUCUGAUAAAAUGACCCUACUGCACAGAAUCCAGACCACAUUCACUGCACCCCUCUACCCUGGGUUUUCACUUUAUAAAUUGGGAAAUGACUCAUCACUGACAAUUUGUGAUCUUCCGUAGCUAAACAUGUAAAUCUAAUCUGUACCAACAGUGCCAAUUAUUGAACAGACAAUAAAUACAGCUCGAACAGUAAUAGUAUUAGAUGCAGUAUAUGUGCUCUCAUACAGCAUUGGUAAAUUCUUUAAUUAUAGAGUUAAUUAUAUUAACUUCACGAAAGGUUGUGGGGGGGGGGGGGUCUUUUUUUUAUGAUUUCCACUUGUUCUUCUGUCUUAUGUUGUAAUUGUGUGAAACAUGUCAUUGGAUGCUCUGUGUGUUCUGCCUGUUUCAGUGGCAUUCUCUGUUUUUUUUCACUCACUUUAUAAGGUGUUUAUGCUAAACAAUGUAUGUGUUUAAGUAAUUCCCUUAUAUUAGACUUAGACUGAACUUCCAUGGUGAACUGAAUAUAUUAUGAAAAAUAAAUUACUUUGUUGUUAAUAGAUCUGUAUUACAAAAAAAAACAAAAAAACAUU